CCCUAUUCCACGACGUCCUCUGGUUGGCGGGUCAGCAGUGGUGAUCAAUCACUGCUUGCUGUUGUCUGGGCUCCAGUUUGGCUCAUCUCGUCUACACCAUAGCCAGCAUGUUGCUCUCUCAGCCCUUUCAGCCCGAGAGAGCAUCAGUGAUGUGUCGUGUUCCAGGGGAGACAAUCUUAUCAGAACAGUUCCUGACCAAUAUAGGUCUAAGUCUGGAGUGCUAUGACUGUGCUGCAAAGGAUGACCCCAUCUGUCUAGACCCAUUUGAUUUGGUAAAAAAUGAAGGAGGCACAUCAGAAUGUGGGGAAAAGGAUACACAUUGCAUGAAGUUUAAAACGGUGUCAUUUCUCGCAGAUUCGGGCUUCAUCACUGGAAGAGAUAGAGUGGUCACUGUGACAUCACGAAUGUGUGUUCGUCGAGAUGGAUACUCGAAUGGUUGUGUGGCAGUGGAGUCGGACGGAGGCUUUCUGUUUAAGUGUCUGUGUGAUACAGAUUUCUGUAAUGGUGCUGUUACCACUUUACCUAAUAUGGUGGUGUUAGUGCUGAUGGCCCUGCUGGCAUUGUGGGUAACCAAGCGAUGAACAGACACACCAGUAAUUCAGGAAUGAUCGUCCAUAUACAAUAUAUCACAGCCUGUCCAAGAGAAUUAUACGUUUUUGACAUUUGAUUAAAAGUAUAGUUGGAAAUUCUUUACAUGGAAAAUAUGGCAAUGUAUUAUUGGCCGUCAUUCAGAUACUUUUGUGAAAAUAUUUGAUAGAAGAUAAAGAGAAAUGUCCUGAUUAUAAGUUUAAUGGGUGCACUUUGUCAAAGCUGAAGGCCUUUUAAAGUUGGAUUAAGCUCGUCCCUCUAUAGUGUUUCAUAACU